GAGCGGUUAAGGUUAUACGAGAGCGAUAUUGGGUCCGGCACAGCUAGCCAUUUAAAAUCAUCAUUCAUCAUUCGAAUUUUGUUUGCAGCUCAGCUGCAAAGUAUAUAUGUAAAAAGAGCCGCAAAAGCUAUCAUAAAUCCUAUUCUAAAAAUAUAUGUCCUGUGCCUUGAUAGAGCAGUGAGCUUGCUACUCAGAAAUAAAAGUAUAUAAACAAGUAGACAGUUGUUUUUGCUGUUUUUGUACAGUAAAGGGUAAUAUACCUCAACAUAGAUUAGAUCGCAUCACAUUUUUUGCGAUACUUGUUAGUGUCACAUUUCAGAUAACGCUCACUAUUUCUAGCGAAAGGUGUACACUCACUAUUGAAAUAUCUGUUCAUCUUUAUGCACACGCCAAACUUGUUAUUUAUUCAGUUAAUUAGUUAUGAUGGCAGUAUGGAAAGAGAUGUGAUGAAACAAAAAUUUCAUAAGCAUAGUGCUGUCAAGAUAUAUACUAUCUUGUGUAGGCACGCCAAGCAUGCCCCAUCUGUACAUAUCCUGAGAUAUCGAGAAUUUAAUUCAGCAAAUUAACUUUUUUUACAGUCUAUUUUUGAUAAUCAGACAGGUUCCUAUGAGUUACAAUUCCCCUGGCGUAAGAAUGCUGAUAACAUUCGUCGGCAUUAUAUUGUCCGUUAAUUUACUCUGUGUUCGAUUUGUUUGCAAAUUGCUUUGUAUUACACGCAAAUUAGGUUCUAUUUGGCGGUUCUCGCAAGCAGAACCCAAUCUACAUAUUUAUCGGUGUGCAGAGAAGUCUUUCACACAUAAGCUAUGUCACACUCGAACUUUCUAUACUCUCCAAUUGAAGCAGUGUUCGACAAAGAGUUUACAUUGGAACAACUUCUAGAUCGCGAUGAACUAAAAAAUGGAGCGCAGAUAAAUUACUUCGACGUGAUAAACAUGUCAGAAUACAACGAUGAAGAAGUUAAAUCAGGAAGGCUUAUUGAUUUUUUGGUCCAACCAAGAAACAUAGGUAGAUUACUCGAUUACCUUAUUAUUUCUCCAUCAGAAGAUGCUUCUUAUGCAGUUAAAUACAGAUAUCCGACAUUUGCAUGUAGUUUUUUCACGUUUGGCUAUCAAUUGGUUGAAAUGGCAAUUCUUGAACAUCAGGAGUUUUUUGACCGUUUAUAUUCGUAUUGGAACCAGCCGACGCAUUACAAGCACCUGACUGCAGGCGUUCACCGCGUGGUUGUUCAUUUUUUGAAGAAUAGUACACUAUGUUACAAGGCGGCUGAGAAGUUUAGGGAAAAUCCUCAUUUUUUUGACUCAGUCUUGCAGUACGAUGAAGAUUUAGGCAUGGCAGGAGAACUCCUGAGUAUUUUUUUAUCUAAUUUUGAAGAGGGAUAUUACUUGCAGAUGCUUAAUUUUUUUGUAGAUAGGAAUCUGAUGGGAAUCUUGAUCGAUAAGUUUGUUCCAGAAAAAUGGUCUAUUCACACGAAUGUGUCGUAUACAAUUAUAAUGCUGAUAGAGCACGUUGGAGUAGAGUCUUCUCCUUUGUUCGACUCGUUCGCAUCUGCCGAGAACCAAACCAAGCUUUAUAAGCACAUACUUACUCCGAACAACCUUACAGCGCUUGAACAUGGUUUGCAAGCGAUCUGCUAUAUUCUGUGUAUGAUAGCUUCUAUUGAGCACACGUUUGACCGUGAUGUUACAUCCUCGGAGUCUAUAUCAACAUUGAUUCAGCAAAUUCUCGAUCACUUGGCUGAUAUGAAGCAGCUAUUGUUGACGAUCGAUGCUGGAGAACUGGUACUUGGAUCGGGCAAAAGCGUGAAGGCGUUCGGUUUACCCAGGCUGACCGUGGUGGACUUGGUGAGUGGAUUGCUUACACUUGAGUACAAUGUGGUGGACAAUGCGCUGAUUGAGCUGGAUUUCUUUGCGUUGUUUUUGAGUUGGAUGUUCGAGUAUAAACACAAUAGCGUACUACUCAAAUCUAUUGAAACAGCACUUGUUUUCGUGAUGAGAGGUUGCAACGAGGCAUUGAUCAUGUGUUUGCUGAACGAGCCGACGAGGCUGCAUGAGCGAAUCUUGGAGGUCAACGAGAUGGCACCGAUUCUACCUCGGUGGAAGUACAGGAAUUCAUCGGGCACGGAUAAUGGAGGGAGAGCGGAAUGCGACGGUAAUAAAGAAGGAUCUAAGAACGCGAAGGAUAACGAAAGUGAGCCUUCGCAUGACGAGAGUGAGAACAAGCAGAUUGAUGAAAAUAAAGAAAAAGACGACGCUGAUUACGCCCAGUCAUACAACAAUGAAGAUGAGAUUGUCGUUUGCGAGGGCGAGGAUAUCUCAGAGCAUAUAAAGAAUCUAAAUUUAGAUCUGCCGCCACCCAAGAAAAACCUGAGCGGAUCGUCGCUUUCAGAUGAAUCUUCGAGAAAAGACGGACUCAAAUUAUCUGAAGAACACGAUGCAGAGCAAUCGGUAUCAAGUGAAUUUUCGACGACAAGGCAAGAUGAUGAAGACAAUUAUGAAGAUUUUAAGAAAGACCACUCUUUCUAUUCUGAGAAUUCAAAUUUCGGUUAUUACGAUCAAUCUUAUCAAAAUCCUCAUUCUCAAGAUACAUCCUACAUAUACUCGAGUCAGCCUAUUUGUGAUUCGUAUCUGGAUCCAGAUGCUCCGCGUCCGAACUACAUCCCCUUCUUUUUUUCACUGACGCAAUGCCUUAUUUCACUUGCGGCUAGAAAUAAGACCGUCAGAACUUUUUUGGACGCUUGCGAAAAAUGGGUCGCGUUUGAAAAACAGUAUAAUAUCGAAUUUUGCGAAUAUCAAAAAAAUACUGCGCUAAACAGCUACAUGUCUAUCCACAAAAAGAAGUACUCACGCCAUUUUUCAAUAGAAGAUGGACAAGACAGAGAAGACUUGAAUUCUAGAGGCAUGGAUUAUUCUUACGAUAUCGAAGAAUACAUGCACGACUCUGGAUCGGACGAUGAGCUCAAACUGUGUAGCGGUUUAGAUAACAUGUAUUUUCAAGAAGACAUAGGUAUAUCGGAGGACGCUAAGUAUAACAAAGAGUCUAAAAAACAAAGCGAAGAUGAUCAAGGCGAAUAGGCAUGUAUCUAGGGCAGCAAAUGAAUGUGUUGUUACAUGAGUUAUCUCAAUUAGGAGGAAAAUAAACAAGUAAUUUUAUGUGCGGCGGUUA